GUGAGCUUGGGAACAGGACUGCCUUCCCUGUCCGGGAGCGUUCUCAGGGUAAUCGGUUUUCCCUUCUCCCGACUCUGGACGCAGUUUCCUAGGAAGGAGUUUCCUAUGAAGGCAGGAUCCCUUCUGUAGAGAAAGAUGGAGCCACCGCUUCCCCAGGGGCGCCGGUGCCUCUGCUCUGACCCUGUUGGAAGUUAACAUGUCACUGACAAGCGAGCCAAGGGUAAACACUUCUGCACUGCAGAAAAUCGCUGCCGACAUGAGUAAUCUCAUUGAAAAUCUGGACACGCGGGAGCUCCACUUUGAGGGAGAGGAGGUGGAAUACGACAUGUCUUCCAGCGAUGCCAAGACUCAGGAAGUGUGUAUCCCCUUCUCUGCUGUUUACAAGACUCAAGGCUUUAAGGAGCCCAACAUACAGACGUACCUCUCCGGCUGCCCAAUCAAAGCGCAGGUUCUGGAAGUUGAGCGCUUCACGUCUACAACAAGGGUACCAAGUAUCAACCUGUACACUAUAGAGUUAACACAUGGCGAGUUUAAGUGGCAAGUAAAGAGGAAAUUCAAGCACUUUCAAGAAUUUCACAGAGAGCUGCUCAAAUAUAAGGCCUUUAUCCGAAUCCCCAUCCCCACCAGAAGACAUACAUUUAGAAGACAAAAUGUCAAAGGGGAGGAGCCGCGAGAGAUGCCCAGUCUGCCCCGUUCAUCUGAAAACAUGAUGCAGGAAGAGCAGUUCUUUGGCAGAAGGAAACAACUGGAAGAUUACUUGACAAAGAUAUUAAAAAUGCCUAUGUACAAGAACUAUCAUGCCACAACAGAAUUCCUUGACAUAAGCCAGCUGUCUUUCAUUCGUGACUUGGGACCAAAGGGCCUAGAAGGAAUGAUCAUGAAAAGGUCUGGGGGACACAGGAUACCUGGUCUGAAUUGCUGUGGUCAGGGAAGAGCCUGCUACAGAUGGUCAAAAAGGUGGUUAAUAGUGAAAGAUUCUUUCUUACUAUAUAUGAAACCAGACAGUGGAGCUAUUGCGUUCGUCCUCCUCGUAGACAAAGAAUUCAGAAUCAAAGUGGGGAAGAAAGAGACAGAAACAAAAUAUGGACUUCGAAUCGAUAAUCUUUCAAGGACACUUAUUUUAAAAUGCAACAGCUACAGACAUGCCCGGUGGUGGGGAGGGGCUAUCGAAGAAUUUAUCCAGAAGCAUGGCACCAAUUUUCUCAAAGACCAUCGGUUUGGUUCGUAUGCUGCUAUCCAAGAGAAUGCAUUAGCUAAAUGGUACGUGAAUGCGAAAGGUUACUUUGAAGACAUAGCAAAUGCAAUGGAGGAGGCAGAGGAGGAAAUUUUCAUCACGGAUUGGUGGUUGAGUCCAGAAAUCUUCCUGAAACGCCCCGUGGUUGAAGGAAAUCGCUGGAGAUUGGACUGCAUUCUUAAACGAAAAGCACAACAGGGCGUGCGCAUCUUUAUCAUGCUCUACAAGGAAGUGGAGCUUGCCCUGGGCAUCAAUAGUGAGUACAGCAAGAGGACUUUGAUGCGGCUGCACCCCAACAUUAAGGUGAUGAGGCACCCGGACCAUGUAUCUUCCAGCGUCUAUCUAUGGGCUCAUCAUGAGAAACUUGUUAUUAUUGACCAAUCUGUGGCCUUUGUGGGCGGGAUUGACCUGGCCUAUGGAAGGUGGGAUGACAAUGAGCACAGACUCACCGAUGUGGGCAGCGUGAAGCGGAUCACCUCGGGUCCCUCUCUGGGUUCUCUCACAGCUGCAACAACAGAGUCUAUGGAAUCUUUAAGCCUCAAAGAUAAAAAUGAAUCUAAUAAAAAUAAGCCCAUCGUGAACAGUGUGGCUGAUAUGAACUCCAAGCUGAAAGGCAUAGGGAAGCCUAGAAGGUUCUCCAAGUUCAGCCUCUACCGCCAGCUGCACCUGCACCAUUUGCACAAUGCGGACAGCAUCAGCAGUAUCGAGAGUGCCUCCAGUUAUUCUAAUCACUAUAGGAGUCAUCAGCAUUUAAUCCAUGGUUUAAAGCCCCACUUGAAAUUCUUUCGCCCUUCCAGCGAAUCUGAGCAGGGGCGCCCUAGACACAGUGUUGACACGGGCUCCAUCCGCAGCGUGCAGACCGGCGUGGGCGAGCUUCAUGGUGAGACCAGGUUCUGGCAUGGGAAGGAUUACUGCAACUUUGUCUUCAAAGACUGGGUUCAACUGGACAAGCCUUUUGCUGAUUUCAUUGACAGGUACUCCACUCCCCGUAUGCCCUGGCAUGACAUUGGCUCUGUUGUCCACGGAAAGGCAGCUCGGGAUGUGGCACGUCACUUCAUCCAGCGCUGGAAUUUCACAAAGAUUAUGAAACCAAAGUACCGCUCCCUGUCGUAUCCUUUCCUGCUCCCGAAGUCUCAAACCACAGCCCAUGAGCUGAGGUAUCAGGUGCCUGGCGCAGUCCACGCCACAGUGCAGUUGCUCCGCUCUGCUGCUGAUUGGUCUGCUGGUAUAAAGUACCACGAGGAGUCCAUCCACGCAGCAUAUGUCUCCGUAAUCGAGAACAGCAAGCACUAUAUCUAUAUUGAAAACCAGUUUUUCAUAAGCUGUGCGGAUGACAAAGUUGUGUUCAACAAGAUAGGAGACACCAUUGCCCAGAGGAUCCUGAAAGCCCACAGGGAAGGCCAGAGGUACCGGGUGUACGUCGUGAUACCGCUUCUGCCCGGGUUUGAAGGAGACAUCUCAACGGGAGGCGGAAACGCCCUGCGGGCCAUCAUGCAUUUCAACUACAGAACCAUGUGUAGAGGAGAGAAUUCCAUCCUUGGACAGUUAAAAUCAGAGCUUGGUAACCAAUGGAUAAAUUACAUAUCAUUUUGUGGUCUUAGAACCCAUGCAGAGCUUGAAGGCAACCUAGUCACUGAGCUUAUCUACGUCCACAGCAAGUUGCUAAUUGCUGAUGAUAACACUGUUAUUAUUGGCUCUGCCAACAUCAAUGACCGGAGCAUGCUGGGGAAGCGUGACAGUGAAAUGGCUGUCAUCGUGCAGGACACAGAGACGGUCACAUCCAUAAUGGAUGGAAAAGAGUAUGAAGCUGGCUGCUUUGCCCAAGGACUUCGGCUGCAGUGUUUCAGGGUUGUCCUUGGCUAUCUUUCUGACCCAAGUGAGGACAUUCAGGACCCAGUGAGUGACAAAUUCUUCAAGGAGAUUUGGGUUUCAACAGCUGCUCGAAAUGCUACAAUUUAUGAUAAGGUGUUCCGGUGCCUGCCAAGUGAUGAGGUCCACAAUUUAACGCAGCUGAGAGACUUUAUCAAUAAACCCAUAUUAGCAAAGGAAGAUCCCAUUAGAGCUGAGGAAGAACUCAGAAAGAUUCGUGGGUUCUUGGUGCAAUUCCCCUUUUAUUUCUUAUCUGAAGAAAGUCUCCUGCCUUCUGUUGGAACCAAAGAAGCCAUUGUGCCCAUGGAGGUUUGGACGUAAGACAUGUCUUCAUGAGCAGCUCAAGGACUUCCAACCCAAAGACCACAUUGCACACAGUGACUUCCUGGGGACCUCACAGUCAAAGCCAGGCCUGAUGCACUCUUGUGUCUAACACAUGGACCCUUUGGCAUGUCUGGGCAAGGCAGCAAUCAUACUGAUGUCAGGACACUGGAUAUCAGGAAGGCUUUAUAAUUGCCUUCCUUGUGAAAAGGAGCUGUAUUCUUUUUGGUUGCACUGACUCACCAAUGUCACAGAUGUAAAUUCCAUGAUCUAUACCAAAACUCAUUUCCUUUGCUAACAAGAAUCUAUCUAUAACCAAUCCAGGUUGCCUUACCAUUAUCUGGGGUACAUUUAUGCAGCCAGUGUCUCCUGGAUCUGCCCUCAUUUUGUACUCUGGACAGUACUUUCCCAGAGAUUGUUGCUUCCAGAAAGAUAUUGUGCCACUGCAUCAAGAUUCUUGAAGGUUCCCUGAGACGUCCUGAUGAUCUGAUCCUCAAGUACAGCUAUUUACUAGGACAAGGGAGUGCUCAUAGUUACUUGUCAGUCACUUCAGGGACAGAACAGACUUGACACAACAGCCCAUGUUAGGUGCUUCUAAUACCAUUGACAGUGUAUCUCAACACCACCAAGCAAAAUGAAGAAAUUAAAUUCCAAUACUGAAGAAGACAUUUUUUUUUCCCUUUGCUCCCAAAGGCACUGCCACACUGUCAGCUUGUGAUUGAGCCCAGCUGAUCAUACUUGUAAACAUGUGUAGGAGAUGUGAUUCCAUAGUAGCCAGAGAAAAUGCAGACCAAGUAUGCCGCACCAGAAACCCCCACCAAUGGGACUCUGAUCCAGAUGAGAGAUAGGAUUCCUCAGAGUGCUGUAAGAUUUCCUGUCAUCCUUAGCCACUGGAUUGAUAGAAAAUUUAAAUUUCUCUAGUUUAUAAUCAAGCCAUGACUGCAAUUUUGUCUUGCAAGAAAAUCGAAAGACUGCCUAACUCCUAACAGGUUAAUGAGCCUAACCUUACUUUUUUUUCACCAUAUCUUCUUCUUUGGGGUGGGGGGAACUAAUCAAUCACAAAAUAUAUGGCACUUUGCUUGCAUAGCUAAAUACACAUUAACAUUCCAGCAGGGUUUCCAAAGAACGUUGGGUAAUUAUUAAUCCAUAUUGUCCUAGUCUGUGAGUUGUUCUGGGAACCCGCUUUAACUUUCAGAUGGUAUGGUGCUCUUUGUAGACAAAAGCUCAGAGAGACUCUCCCAUCCUGGAGAGCCCAGGAGGUUCCAAGAAGCCUAGGACGCAAACAAGUGGCACAGAUACAGUGGGUGCAUGCAGCGAGAGAUUGCCCGAGAGGAUCUCCUCUGGACUGUUCAUCAGAACAAGCCCUCCAUCUGCUUUUAUGAACAAAUACUGCUGUUGGAAAGAUGGCACACAGGACCACAAAGCCAGUGACAUGGGUUAGUAGAAGAGCCAAGAGAGGAUUUCACAGUGAGAAACCAUUUCACCAAUGAAGUGGGGUUUUAUAACCAAUAAUGGAAAUGAAUGUUUUUAUGAAUAAAUAACUUAUUUCUUAUAUGGCUGAAGGCGGUAAAAUGACUUCAUAUGGAUGUUAUAUUUUGUAUUGGAAAAAAAACAGUUAAAUUGUAUUUGAAGUACUGAAUGUAUGAGUAAUGCCUAAAGGUUUAUUACAUCUUAUUUUAAAUAAUUUUAAACCUUAGAAUAUUCAACAAACUUGCUCUUGGAUUUUGUAUAAGAUGUUCUCAUAAAACCCUAAAAAAUCUUUGGACUGAAAAAAAUAGCUUAGUUGGUAAAGUCUUACCUAGAAAGUAUGAGAAUUGGAGUUCAAUAUCUAGUACCUGUGAAUGGCCAGGUAUGUACCUGUAAUCCCACUGCCAGGAUGAGUUGAGUUCCAGCUAAUGAGAGACUCUUUUUU